AUGCUGCCAGCCAGCGUCUCUUGCUCACGGUGCAGUCCUUACUACAUGUUUCGCUGCAAGAUCAAGUUCCGCCUGCUUGCCCGGCACGAUGCACGUCGAUACGGUCUUGUCCGCUCCGAGGAUCCCUCAACCCAGCAAUUAGAGGAGACGCCCAACUACGCGCAGGGCCUGCAAUUGCUUCUGAUCUGCAUAUCGCUCUGCCUCUGUGUGUUUCUGGUUGGAUUGGAUGCAACGAUACUGACCACGGCCAUCCCCAGCAUCACCGAUGAAUUCGGCUCAGUGGACGACGUGCUGAUCUCCCAGGGGAAGCUCUACGACAACUGCGCAAUCAAAUGGGUGUUCCUUGUGAAUAUGGUCAUCUUUGAGGCCGGGAUUCUGGUGUCUGGGGUUGCGUCCAGCUCGCUGGUCUUCAUCGUCGGACGAGCCAUCACCGGGCUCGGCUUCUCGGGCAUCAGCCAGGGGUGUAUGGUCAUCGUCGCCAUGUCCACCCCGCUCCAGAAACGAGCCGCCUACCUCGGCGUAAUCAGUGCCAGCGAGUACACCGCAAUGGCCCACGGCGCCCAUCAUCGGGGGCGCGUUGACCUCCGCCCUCUCCUGGCGAUGGUGAGGUUUCCUUUUGACCCCACCGUACACUGCCUCCUCCUAGCCUUGCAAAGGGGCGGAGAGACGUACAGCUGGAAUAGCGCGCAGAUCAUCACGCUUUUCCUGCUCGCACCCAUCGUCUUCGCGGUCUUCUGCUUCAUCCAGCACUGGAAGCAGGACAGCGCCAUGCUGCCUCCACGGAUCCUCAAGCAACGCGUCAUCCUCGCGGGGGCCCUCUCCAGUCUCUCGCUCUCGGCGUGUCGCGCGAUCGUGCAAUACUACCUUGCGAUAUGGUUCCAGACGGUCCGGGGAGCCACAGCCCUGCAGUCAGGCAUUUACACCCUCCCCUUGGGGGUGUGGAUUUCGUCGUUGAUUCUGCUAGGGAUCGGGUCGGGCAGCAGCGUGUCCAUCCCGUUCAUUGCGGCACAGGCGAUGCUGGGCCUCAGCGACCUCUCCGCCGGCAUGGCCCUGAUGACCUUCCCGCAGGAUCUGGGCGAGGCCGACUUCAUCAGCAUCGCGCAGGCGGUCUCCCUGGCCCGCCUCACGGGCUCCCUGCAGGCCACGGCCCCAGAUCUCGACCCGCAACGCGUGAUCCAUCUGGGCGCCACCGACCUGCAGGGCAAGAUCCCCGCGCAGGACGUCGCCGCCGUCGCCCUCUCGUAUGAUUUCGCCGUGCACUCGACCUUCUACUUGGCGGUUGCGUUGGCGGGGCUGCUGGUCAUCGCUGCCAUGCCCUUUCAGAAGACGACGCUGGUGGUCGGAAGAAGGUCUAGCAGUUAG